GCCCGAUAGCCAAGCCUUGCAGCAUCUGACCGCCAUGUACGAACCUUUGGGCGGCGGCCCCGGUAUGGCGACGCCAGGGACCGCAGACAUCCAGUUGGGGCAGCUUGCCGGUGCCCGCUAUGACAUCUGCCUGGUCUUCCCAUACAAGACCUCCAGCCGCGUCAAAUACGGCGAGCAUUCCGACCCCGUGCUGAAUGACCCCAGCAGCAGGGAGCGGCGGCAGAUGGAGCGGUGGGACAAGAAGCGCAGCAGCGUCCUCAAACAGCUCGUCAACUGCGGACUGGAGGUCAAGCCCUUCUACUCGAGGGACAAAGAUGAGGUCUUCUGCAAAAUCGGUACACUCAUAUAGCGGUUGGGGAGAUGGAUGGAUGGAUGGAUGACAUGAAAGUGCAUAUGUGAUGGAUGUCAUGGGUGUCGCUGAUGUGUUGUGUUGUGUUGUGUGUGUGUGUGGUGGAUGCAGGAACUGACAUAGCCAAGUUGCAGGAGGUGGCUGAGAUGACCAAGCACAAGCUGCAGAUGAAGGAGGAGUACCUGGGGGCCCACGCACCGUACAUCAAGGACUUCCCCGGCAGGCCGGACGUCAACUACGCCGACCGCAAGGUCGUUUCACACGUGUACAAGCCACGCGACGAUGAGGACUUCCCUACCGCCGACUCGAUCUUCAGGUCAGGCAGGGAGGGGGGGAGGGGGGGAGAGUGGGAGGGACGACACGCAUUAAGGCGGAUACAUCAUGCGCGCGCUUGUUGUCUGUGGGUGGUUGUGUCAGGACUGCUGAUCGCAUUCAGUUGCUGGACCACGUGAUCCGCUCCAAGGACAAGGGGUGCGCGGGAGUCGGUAAGCAGGGCGCCUAGGCACAGACAGACGGAGAGGUGUGUAUGGAUGCUUUGAUGGAUGGAUGGAUGGAUGGUGGUUGUGUGUGGGUGCGCUGCAGAUAUCGGUGCGUUGGUCAAGACGGGCGACCUGAAGGCGUAUUUCCCGCUGCAUGAGAACAAGAAGCUGGAUGAGCUCGACAGCACCUGGUGGAGCUGCUUCGUCACUGCCGCUAAUGCUAACAAGGUCAGGCUCCUCGUCUGCCCAUGGAUGGAUGGAUGGAUGGAUCGUGUGCGCGACCCGCCUCACAUCUGUGUGGCGCAUUGUUUUGCCUGUCUUUGUCCGUCAGGUUCGCGACUACUUUGGUGAGCGCAUCGGGUUCUACUUCUCGUGGAACGCGCACUUCAGCAAAUGGCUCUUCAUGGCCACACUCAUCGCCGCCAUAUUCAUCAUCGGUAGGUAACACCCCCCAGGCACCACACCAACUCGCAUCGGUGGAUACGCUUAUGGAUGAAUGCUGUGGUGUCUUGUAUGUCAGCUGACGUUGGGGCGGGCACGCCUGACAACACGCUCGCCCCCAUUUUCUGCAUCAUCAUGGUCACUCACCCACCCAUUCACGCACUCGAUGGAUGGAUGGAUGGACGGAUGGAUGGGUGCCUUUAGGCGUUGUGGUCGAUCCUGUUCACGCACUACUGGCGGCGCAAGGCCCACAGCUAUGCGUUGGAGUGGGGGGUUUUCGACCUGGAGCCCGAGCUCGAGGCGCCCCGGCCGGAGUUCUUCGGCACAUACCGCAUCAAUCCAAUCACCGAGAAACAAGACCUAUACUACCCCUGGACGGUAGGGUACACGACAAAGCCACCCUUUUUGUGGAUGGAAUGGCGUGUGGCGUGAGUGUGUGUGUGGUCGUCCAUUAGUCGCGGGUGUUGUCGGUGCUGCUGAGUUAUGCGGUGAUAACUGUGACGCUGGUUGCGAUGCUGAUAGUCAUGGCGACGGUGUUUGUGUUCCGCCACCUCUACCACCACGAAGUGCCCUUUGGACGCAUCACAUUCAUGCUGCUCCUCGCCGUCGUCGUGGACGCACUCAACGUACGCCGCCCACCUACCAGCCACCUGUGUCGAUGACACCGUGCACCUGUCUGCACCUGUGUGUGUGUGUGUGUGUGUGCAGUCCAUCUUUUCGUGGGUGGUCAAGAUUCUCAACGACCGCGAGAACUACCGCACGCAGACCGACUACGAGGCAAGAACCGCUCCACACAAAAAAAACUGUGGACAUUCCUUUCUCUCUGUCUCUCCCUCUGUUGGCAGAACGCGCUGUUAGCCAAGACGGUUGUCUUCAAGUUCGUCAACUCGUACGCCGCCCUCUACUACAUCGCCUUCUUCAAAGACCACUCCACCACAUUCGGUCGGGAACACCCAUACCUUGUCAUGCAGACGCACAGACGCACCAACGCAUGGAUGCAUGUAUUGUGGGUGCUGGUGGUGCGGGUCGUCAGGUCUGACGAUGCACUGCGCGCGUGGCGACUGCAUGAUUGACCUGUCGUGGCAGCUGGCGGCGUUCUUCCUCUACAGACUCAUCGCCUCCAACUUCAUCGAGGUAUGCAACAAUGCGGGCUGUGCAGGGAAUGGGUGCGGGUGGGUGGAUGCAUGUAUAAUGUGUGCAGUUGUUGUGGCCCAAGGUGGUGUAUCUGCUCAAGAGCUGGAUGGAGCGACGCGCCUUCAAGGGGUCCAGAGGGGCAGUGCUACAGGUACCCACACCAACAUGCACGUCACAUCCAGCAAGCCAAUGAGAGGCUUUUACGGUGUGAUGUGGUGUGAUGCCAAUGACAGGAUAUGUCCCAGUCUGAGCAGCAGUGCAAGAAAGAGUCCUACAAUCCAUUCGAUGACUUCGACGAAAGUCAGCCAAGACAUCUUGUACACACACACAUGAAGACGCAUCUCAUUCUCUCUCUCGUAACCAUUCAGUGGUGGUACAGUUCGGCUAUUGCAGUCUGUUUGUGGUCGCCACCCCCUGGAUAUUGCCACUCGUAAGAAAGGCCACCCGCACGGAAACCGAUGGACGCAUCAACACAUCUGCAUGACAUGCGGCUCUUCCUGUCUGCCUGUGUGCUUGUGUGUGUGGCCAGGCUGUGUUGGCCAACGUGGUUGAGUGUUGGGUGGACAAGAACAAGCUCAUCCACCACAUGAGGCGACCCAUGCCUCUCAAAGCCAAAGACAACGGUCAGCCGGCACCCAUGCGGCACAGCCACACGCACAGUGCACACCCACUCACUACACAGCGCCGUGUGUUUCUCAUGAUGCAUAUGUGUGUAUGAGCAGGCAGUUGGGAUAUGUGUUUCGAGGUGAUGGGCUUCCUGGCCGUCUUCACUAACGCAGCGCUCGUCGUCUUCACCACAGGCACGCUCUCUUAAGAUCAGAGGACACAUAAGAGUCCCGUUGGUGUAUGAGUGCACCAUGCUGCUUGUAUGUGGUGUUUUCUUCAGAGGUGUUCCUUGGCGCGUCGCUGCUCAUCAAGUUGCUGUGGUUCUUAGCUAUUGAGGUGAGUGAGCAAUGGGAAGAUGGUCAGGUGCUGCACACAAACAUGUCCGCCAUGCGUGUAUGUGUGCAGCACCUGGUCAUUCUGGCGCGCAUUGUGAUGCACGUCAUCCAUCCCGAGGUGCCCGAGUACGUGCGCAUCCUCAACCUCAAACACAAGUAUGUGGCGAUUGCACGCCCGAGGGCAUAUGCAACCAGGCCCCUUCAUACUGUAUGUGUGUAUGUAUGUGUGUGCAGGCACAUCGUUCACAAGCAUGUGGACUGUGUGGACGAGGAGGAUGAGACAAUGCGGGCACACGCACUGCAAGACAGAGAGGUAAGCCACGUCACACUGCCCGCGAACCCGUCCAUCCAUUUGUGUCUGUUUUUCGGCCUGGCUGGGGUGAUUGGUCAGUUGAAGGUCGCCAUCCUCGACGUUGACGAUGAUGACGACGACUGAAGAUAGAUACAGACAGAGAUACGAAUGCAUACAUACCUCUAGGCAGGCACACGUGCGUAGAUUGGGCGAGGGAGAGGAUGUCUAGCUAGGUGCCUUGAUUGAUCGAGGCAGCCGGCCGGGGAAGGAGGGAGGGAUGGGGUGUACAGCGGAUGGAGGGAGUCACGGGCCGACCGACGGAUAGACGCCUCGCUUGCAUGACCUGCGUAGAUCCCCAUCACAUACAUACACACAUACAUACACAUAUGUACAUACAUAGAUAUAUACAUACGUACGCAUACGUUCAUGUACAUAGUCUUGCUGGCCUCUGAUCUCCCGUUUUCAUCUUAGCGCAUCAUGUGUGUCUCGCUCCUCUCUUGGCGUUGGUUUUCCCGUACAGACAGCGGUUUUCCAUCCAUCCAUGUAUGUGAGCAGGGACGAUGGUGCUUAGUGAGUGAGUGGACCCAUGCGUGUGCUUCCAUAAAUGAGUGAAUGUCUCGUAUGUGACGUUGAUUGUCUGUCCGCGGACUGAUCGAGGCUGCUGAGCAUUGUUCGAC